UUUUUACUAGAUCUUUCUUUUUUGUAUUGUUACAAACACCCUCUUCGGGGGGAUAAUGGAUGGUUCUUUGGGCUAUUGAAUGCUCUUUUAGUCUAUUGAAGUCAGAACAAAGAGAAGGGCGUGUUUAAGGAUAUUUGUUUCAGAAAAUGAAUUCCACACUUGUCUUGAACAAGCAUCUUUAAUAGAAAAAGAAUAUAAGUGGAAACGUUUAUGAGUUAUUGAUCGACAUUUGACAGAAGAUCAACGUUGAUGCAUUUACGUUGUUGUGAAGAUUCUUUAGCUUUGAGCUUUCUUUCGGUUUGUAGUUCAAGUCUUUGAGAAAGAUUCCCGCAUACUUUUUUUCCUUCUUCUCUUCAUCUGUAUCUCGUGAGUCGUGAAUUGUGAAUCGCGAUGGGCAUUCAAGCAAUUGCGCGACAAGAUUAUCUGCACAACUCAAAGCCUUCCCAAUUAUCCUUUCAUACAGGUGAUACUAUUAUUGUUGUUAAUAUACUUGAAAACGGUUGGUGUGAUGGUAUUUGCUCACAGCGUCGAGGUUGGUUUCCUGUAUCUUACAUUGACAUCCUUGGAUUCCAGAGACCAUCGUCCAAAAGGUCUUCCAUCUAUAGUGAUCAAGGAUCCUUAAGCGACUCAAAGAGUGUCCUAGAUUUUCCACCUCUACCAGAGGACGAAUCUGCAAAGAAGACUUCACCUGUCAGUGAUAAUAAUUCCGGUUAUCAAGCAAUGCUUCAACCUCUUCUCCGCAAUGUUCUCGAACACGUAACGCUCAUUCACAAAUCUGUCUCUUUUCGUCAUCCCGGAGUGCUUCAGAAAGCACUGGAUGCGGUGCGUAACGAAGCAUUGACUAUUCUUGUACGCCUUCGAAGCCUAACCAACGAGCAAUGUCGGCUAACUAAAGAGCUUAUAUAUAUCUUCUCCAUGUUGGAAAAACUUGUAGUCCUUUCCAAGAGAAAAGAUAUGUAUAAAAACUCCUGUAUCCAAUUUACUCAACUUUUAAAAACACUUGCCUGCGUUUUUGUAAAUUAUAUGAAAAAGGAAGAAAAUGGUCCUUCUUCCAAAAUACCAAAAGAAACUGAAGAUGUCUCGUUUUUGCCUUCAAGUCGAUCUUUAAUGUCUCCACCGUUUCAUUUACUUCAAGAUAAGUCACUGCCUUUAUGUACCACUACUUAUGUCGCAAUACUUUCCCUUACUCAUCAGGCCUAUAUUUCCUUAACUACGACCCCUUUUUGGCAGGAAGCGCAUUCACAACAGCUUGAGUUGAUUCUUCAAAACCUAUCUAAAGGCAGCCGGUGUACAGAAGAGUACUUGGAUAAUAUCUUGGAUAGUUUUGGUAAUCUACUUCAAUAUUUAAAGCGUGUCCACUCGGCUUUCCAGAAACUGGACUAUACAGCGUUUGACGUUUCGGUGCCCUCCAUCACAGUUCAUGAAAUUUAUUUUACUUUGGAGAACUUUUCGACUAAAAUCAGCGACAUCUUUAUGUCAUCGAUAGAGUUUGAGCAAACAUUUAAUGAUGUUAUUAAUAAUAACGGCAAUGUACAGUUACUCACACCUCAUCUACUAUUCCUUGAAACGAAUAUACAAGAAAUACAAAACAUUCUUUUAUAUCUUACUGAAAGGUUCCUAUUCCUCUCUUUUGAGCAUCGCUAUUUAACGCAAUUUAUUCCCGAACUUGAAAACGUAGAGAGCAAGGAGUUAGAAACCAUGGAAACAAACGACAUUACUUGGUACGAUUCUAAGGGACUCGUCCAGUAUAUUUUUAAACAAAAAUCAAUAAAGCCAAAGUCCAUUAGGAACUGGUUGUUUCUGUAUUGGUCCAACACAACAUUAUACAACGACGAUGGGAAAAUCAAGUUUGCUUCUCUUGCUUCCAUUCUGAAUAAUAUUGUUCGGGUGGACAUCGAUAAUACUCUAUUUAUAAGAAGCUUUCUUAGCACUCAUGCUAGUAUCAUUAGCUCGGGUGAUUUAUUCUCUAUACUAUCUUCACAUUAUUUAUUUCACAGUCAUUCCAAAACAGUUACUGAUAGGAACGAUGCUUCUGUGAUUAACCGAAGUCGUAAAAAGGUUAUUAAUGUUAUUCUCACUUGGCUGGAAUCAUGCUUUAUUGAAGGGUUUGGCAACAUACACACUAUUUUAUUUUUGACGAAUGCCUACAAAUUUUGCGAAGAAUAUAUGAUACCUAGUUUCCCCCAUGCACUUGAAUUGCUGCGACAGAUCUCUAAAAUGUUAAAGAAUCCUUCUACGAAACUUGUUCGACCACUGACGAAUAGUUUUGAAGUACAAGAAUCUGAGGACAAUACUGCAAUUUCUUGCAAGUUGAAUGAAAACAAUAUUAAAGAUGAUUCCCUUCUGCUCUUCCCUCCAGAUGAAGUUGCCAAGCAACUAUGUCUUAUCGAGUUUCGUACUUUUUCAAACAUCCCCCCUAUUCACUUCCUCACAAAAGUAUGGUCAAAUUUGAAAAACAUUUCUUCAGAAGAGUCGGGUACCGUUUACUACAUUUCCAAUCAACUAGUCAAUUUUGUUGCUGAAACUAUCGUGAGGGAAAGAGACCUGCGAAAACGUACGCAUUAUUUAGGGUUUUUCAUCCAAGUUUGCCAUUGUCUAUUCAAAUACAAUAACUUCGCCAGUUUAUUUUCUAUCAUUUCAGCUUUAAAUUCCGCACCAGUUCAUCGUCUCAAAAGAACUUGGUCGAAUUUAAGUAACAAGUAUUCAGUAUUAUUUGACUCGCUGACUUCGUUAACAAACGCAAGCAAAAACUUUUCUCAGUACAGAGAAUGCUUGGAGCGUUGUUCCCUUCCAAGUGUUCCAUUUCUAGGUGUCUACUUUACCGAUUUGACAUUUCUAAAGUCGGGAAACAAAGAUACAAACAAGAACUUAAUAAAUUUUGAUAAAAGAAUGAAAGCAGCAAAAAUACUAAAUGAAAUUCAGCAGUUUCAAGCUGUUUCAUACAAAUUUGACUCUUUGAAUGAUGUACAAGAAUUAGUGCAUGAAGUGGUCUCGAAAGAACGAAACCCUGAUAUUAUUUAUAAUGAGUCUUUACUCACGGAACCAAGAGAGUCUGAAGAUCAAACUAUACGACGUUUACUUGUUGAUUCCGGCAUAUUUUAAGGAUUAUGAAUUUGAUGACGACUAUAUGAUGAACAUUUUGAACAAAAAUUUGGGUGGCAUGGUAAGACGUUAAAUAAUUUAGUUUAGAGAAAAUAAUGCAAUAAGUAUAGAAGAUUAAUCUAUUUAUCACAUAUGUAAACUG